AAACAAAACGCCUACGCCCCUACAAGGCUGCAACACUUUGCCUUCGGCUGCAGCUGAGUGCGAACUGGGUUCUUCUGUCUCACUGCUGCCUACUUCUCUCUUUCUUCCAUCCAUAUAGACACACUCAUACAGAUAAAGAUAUUAGAUGCUACAUGGAGCUUUAGCAAUUGGCCUAUUACUCCCCUUGAAUCCCGAUUUAUGAGUUUUCCGAUGGAAAUGAUAUGAGACUAGAGGAGAUCAAAACUCUGUCCAAACUAGUUCAUGUUCAUCCAUGAUAUACGAUGAUGAGAUUACCUGAUCCGCCUCCUCUUUGUCGCCGGUGUUGUUGCUGUUGAGGAGAGACAAAGUUGUCACGUGGAAUCAGAUUUGCUUCCACCAACAAUCCUCUUCAAUGCUCAUCGCCUUUUGAUUUAGAUUUCUCUUCCUUUUUCUCCUACGCUUCAGCUGUUGGUUGAAUUAUAUGGUCAGAUUCGGACUGUGAGCCGUGGAUUUGAAAAUCUCGUCAAAAUCCGGUUCCUGAUAGAUUUGGAAUAAUUGCAGCGGCAUGACAACACCAAAUUUCGAAAAUCUCUUGUUUCUUUCCUUCUUUUUACACUUGCUUAUGGUCACUAUUCACCGAUGUAUGCCUUGCCCUUUGUUCCUCCAUGAAUUAUUCCCUUGCCUGUUUUUACUUCUUUUCAUCUACACUAGAAUAAUGGACGGAGAAAGAAUGACUUUUGGGUGUCGGGUAAUCCAUUGUCUCCAAUUUCUUGCUUGUUUUAAAUGCCUUUUUUAGUAAUAACCCCUGAUCUGUUGCUUGAUAUUGUUUUUUUGAGUCAGAAACAUAUGCGAUGCUGAAUCCAAAAUCUAAAUCCACUUUACUAUGCCUGUAUUUGUUUCCUCCAUGAUUUGGAGUCUCGUUUGUGUGGCAAAUCAAAUGGUUAUUGUGAUUCUCUCUCUCCCCCUAAUAGACAACAAGCUUGAAUUUUUGCUACUAUUAUUAUAAUCUAAUUUUAUGGAGAAUGGCUUUGAUUUACAUUACAGAUAUCAGAGAGUAAGUCCAGAUUGUCCUCCUUUGAGCAGUGCCAAAAAGUUGGGUUUGAAACCAACAAUAACAACAACAGCAACAAUGUGCAAGGAAGAAGGCGGCAGCUGCAGCAACAAUAGCAAUAUUGAGAAUGGAAGAUGCAUUUCGAAAGAUAUUAUCACUGCUUUUGAAGGAGCAAAAGGGGUAAGAUACAGACCCCCAUCUAGAACCCAAGACCACCACCUCCACAAUAGCAAUUUGUCCCAUCCCAGUACUGGUGUUGGCGCUAAUGGAGUACCCAACUCUCCUCCAAAAGCACAAGCACAAACUGAGAACAACCACCAUCAUGAGAUGCCAAAGAGAAGCGAGACGACUAGCCCCAACCGUGGCGAUGUGCUAUUGCAGUGGGGUCAAAAGAAAAGGGCAAGAGUCUCAAGAUCCGAGAUCCGGCCGCUCGCUGAUGAUUCUUCCUCGUCAACUGUUCCAGGGAGGCAACCCAUUGGCAAUAAGGUUCCCAGGAGAGUCUUACAUGCAACAAUGCCUCCUCCGCCACCUGCACCUCCCUCUAACAGCGCCAGAUGUUCUACUCUUAGAAAUAGUUUGCUUUCUAGCAGGAAUCUAGAUGAGCGAUCAGCCGCUGCAAGUGGAUCUCCAUCAAGAAACAGUGGUGGCACUAGCCGAGCUGCUUCUAGAGCUAUGGCAGGAAAAAAAUCUCCUCCUCUAGAGACCAUUGAUAGAAAGAAGUUGUGUGCUGGGUCAGUCAAAAAUGGGCAACAAAAUGGAUCAGCAGUGCAAACUGACCGCAUGAAUCAGACUGAUUAUGCUCCAGUUCAAUCAGAACGGGCAGGUGGAGCUGCUAAUAGCACUGCUUCAGCAGCUGGAGUGGGAGAGAAGGUGAAUGUUGAAGUGAUUGAAUGGCCCAGGAUUUACAUUUCUUUGUCAAGAAAGGAGAAGGAGGAGGAUUUUUUAGCCAUGAAAGGAACAAAGCUCCCUCAGAGACCCAAGAAAAGGGCCAAGAACGUAGAUAGAACGCUCCAGUAUUGUUUUCCAGGUAUGUGGCUAUCCGAUUUGACUAAGAGCCGAUACGAGGUCCGAGAAAAGAAAUCUGCGAAGAAGCAAAAGCGAAAGGGAUUAAAAGGAAUGGAAUGCGUGGAGAGUGAUUCGGAGUAAGAUGACAAGGGAGGGUACCUGUGAUGUGAAUACAAAAGAAAGGAAUUUAUGAUUGGCGGAUGAUUUGUAAUUGGAGCUUAUGACAUUGACACGAGGAGCAGAGUUUUUACGUUUUUUGUUUGCACAAGCUAGCUAAUUUUUUGUUUUGCCCAAUUGUUUUUGGGCGUUUAUAUUCUUUGCUGUUGGGGAGCAUUUCUCUUGUAUAAAGCCAAGCCUUCUCUGCUGUUUCUUUCA